UGAUUCAGCUUGCCUGCACCGUCUAUUUUUGUUGACUAUAGCGCAUUACAUAUAACAUCCCCGCCUUCCCUCUUGUUCGGCACAAGAAAGUUUUUCCACAAAAUAUAUCCAAGCAGCGGUAACGAAAUAUGCCUUUAAAAUACAGUGACAUAGAGUGGAACGGGCAACCGGUGGUUUGGUACAUCGUGUGUCGUAAUAUCGACUUGGCCUCUGGAAAAGACUCGGAAACACCGUCCGUUCAUGAUGCUGAUGAAGAGGUUCAGGAGAUGUGCGAUGAUUUUAAAGAUGAGGUCGCAAGAAGAAUCAAAACGCGAAUUGACGAUAUCCAGGCAGAGACCUUUGCUGUACAGGUUGUUCACUCUGGAAUACACUUCUAUAUAAAGGCGAGCAUUUCGAGUAAACAGUGCGUGCACUUAAGGAUUCAUCGUCCGUUCAGUUACAGAGGUGAAGAGUCGACGUUGGAGGCAGUACUUGCUAACCAAGGACCGCAAAAAGCAUUAAAUUACUUCUAAGGGUUUUGGUAAAUGAAAUACACACAACACAAGGUUAUUAAUAAUACUA